UUUUUUUAUUAAUAAUAUAUUAAUAUUUACAGUUAGUGUUACCUGUCAUGCAGCGUCACUCUAAAGUCUUAGUUAUUCAAAUGGCUGCUACUGCUUGUCUUUACAAUUUGUCAAAAAGUAACUUAGGACAGCAAAUUCACCCAAAAUGGCUUAAACAAGUAGUUGAACUUACUUUAAAUGCUAUGGAAAACUUUCCAACACAUCAGCAAUUGCAAAAAAAUACCUUAUUGACUUUAUGUAGUGAUAGAAUAUUACAGGAAGUGCCUUUUGACCGUUAUCGCUGUGCCAAAUUAGUUAUGGAUUCUUUAGUUAUCUUUGAUGAUCCAUCCAUGAAUAGAAUGUCAGUAGCUAUAUGUUCUAUACUAGCUGCCAAAAUAUCAACUACAGAGACAACAUGUUUAGGAGCAAGUCCACCUUACAUGGAACGUCUUCUAAACAUUGUAAAAAUCAAAACUCAAACUGGUGAAGUUGAUAUUAUGAUGAAAUUUACCCUUAGUGCAUUAUGGAAUUUAACAGAUGAAUCACCGAGUACUUGCUCUGUAUUUUUAAGUAUGGGUGGUAUGGAGUUAUUUUUAAAAGUAUUAGAGAAAUUUACAAAUGAAAGUGCAGUUGAAACAAAAGUUUUGGGAUUGGUGAAUAAUAUUGCAGAAGUUGCUCACUUAAGAAAAGAUUUAAUGAAAGAUGAAUUUUUAUAUGUUUUGAGAUCACUUCUUCGUUCUGAACACAUAGAUGUAAGUUAUUUUGCUGCUGGAAUUGUUGCUCAUCUUGCUAGUGAUGGACCUGAAGUAUGGUCACCAGCUAAAAUAUCCAGGAAAGAAUUGCUCAAAGAACUGGGUGAAGUUGUUUUGAACUGGGAAGUACCAGAGAAUGAAAUGGUAGCUUACAGGUCCUUUAACCCUUUUUUUCCUUUAUUAACUUGCUUUGAAACGUAUGAAGUUCAGUUAUGGGCAGUCUGGGCCAUUCACCAUGUCUGCUCUAAAAAUCCAAAACGUUACUGCCCAAUGUUAAUAGAAGAACAAGGAACAGUAAUAUUAGAAAAUGUCCAAAAAAAUCCAGCCACUCACAAAGCUGUUGUUUCAAUUUGUCAAAACAUACUUCAAGUAGUAGAAUUAGAAGGUCAUCAUAUGGGAUCCUCAAAUGAUCUCUGAUUUUAAAAAAAAAGUUUCAUUAGAGUACUAGUUUUUAUCAAAACUUUGGUUUUGUACAGUUUUUGUUUCAUAAGCUUUCUAAUAUCUGUACAAUAACUUCUUAUCCAGAAAAGUUGAGUCAUUUUAUCACUCCCCAAAGAAGAAUUUCCAGUUUAGUAAUAUAUUUUAGUUAGAUUACCACAGAAGUGAAUGGACUCUCAAAUUCACAACAUUGAUUCUUUUGUAAUAUUUUGUUGAAAAUGUGUUUAUUGUACAGUUAACGUAUCAUAGUGGCUUACCAUGCUAAAAUAAGUUAACGAAUACUUAAUGAGAGAAAUACAUUCUUCAAAUUUAGAGGGCAUGUUUGCUUUGAUUUUAAUGAAAAUCUUUGUUUGAAUAUUUUUAUGCAAAUUAUAUUAAUCAAAAAAAAAUUUUUUUUUUGCCUUUUGUUGUUAUGUUUGUUAACAUAGUUAUAUGACCAUUUUUUGGACAUUGUAAUAAUGAAAUAAUAACUAUGAAAUUGAAAUACGUUUGGUACUUAAAAAUACAAAUAAAUAUAUUUAAAUAUCUGUGAUUUGCCCAAAAAAAAAGUAAAAAAAGAAAAUUAGUUGUAUAUUUGCAUGUAUUAUCAAAAAUAUCUAUAUACAUACAUAUAUAUUAUAUAUAAAAUAUAUAUUUAUGCAAUCAUUAUUUAUGAAAACUAAUUUGCUACAUGCAAAUUUCUCCAACUAUUUUUAUUUAAAUGUAUAAUAAAUCUCAGAUUUCUGACAUGUCUAAUUAAAGUUGUGCACAAAAAUUCAAUUGUUUGGAUGUAUAGACCUUCAAAAUAAAUUAUGAUUGUUGAUCAUUUGUGUUUAGUGUGAAUCUUUCAUGAAAAUGUAGAAGUUUUGCAUUAAUUACAGUUAGUGUACAAACAUACUAUUUGUAUGCUUUCAAAAUGGUAACCACAUUGAACAGUAUCCUCCUGCAUUGGUAAGGUCUUUGUAUAGAAUGAAUAUCUUUUCAUAAUGCUGCUUGCAGUGCCAUAGUGGCUAGUUUUAAUACUACUCUAAAACCUUGGCUAUAAGCUGCCCUUGUAUAUAAGCCACAAAAGUGAAAUUUGUAAAGGAAUGUUAGCUUAUAUAUGAGAGUGGCUUAUCCACAACAAAGUUGUGAUCUGUAAGCAAGGUAUUGUAAGUAUGACUCCAGAAUAAAUACCAAUAGGAAAGGAACAGCAUCAGGAAUAACAUUAUGUAAAUCUCACUGUGUACUAGAGUUAAAUGUAUACCAUUUUUCUUUUAUACUGUAGUUAGUUUUUAUCAGUUAGUGGGUUUUUCAUGUAUUAGUCACUCUUGUGCAUAGGCACAUAAAACAAAUUUUAUAAAUAUAACCUUGUAUGGCCUGUAGCCUAUAGCCAAGGUUUUAGGGCACUUUUUUUACAGAAAUGCCUUCCCUGUAUCUCGAAAUACCACCAUACCAAAUUUGGUUGUAUUUGGAUUUUAAAUUUCUCUGUAGAUAGCUUUGAAUAAAAAUUAAAAGCUGUGUCUUCCUUGAAUGAAUCUCUGUACAUAAGGCAGAUUCUAUGGCAUGUAAUUAUUAUAUUAGUGGCUGAGACUGUUACCCUGCUUAAUGUUCUCAAUGAGUUUUAAGUAAAUAAUACUACAGUUAGUGAAAAUUCUUUUCUGCUGAUUAUAUUAUUAUUAAAAGCAC